GUGGCCCUCCCGUCUUCUCUUCCCCACCCCACCCACGAGCUCCUCAGAUCAGAUCGGCGAAGCCCAAAAUCCCAAGCAGAGGAGCGAAAUCUCGAGCGCUCGUGCCGGCGACGACCACGAGAAGGAGGCCGCCGCACGAGAGCUCCCCAGGGCUCUGUUUCUCUUCGCAGCAUCAGCGGCAGCGGCGGCAGCAGCAGCAAGAGGAAGAUGUCGUCGGUGUUCAGCGGCGAUGAGACCGCCCCCUUCUUCGGCUUCCUCGGCGCCGCCGCCGCGCUCAUCUUCUCAUGCAUGGGGGCGGCGUACGGGACAGCCAAGAGUGGCGUCGGCGUGGCAUCCAUGGGUGUCAUGCGCCCUGAGCUCGUCAUGAAGUCCAUUGUGCCCGUGGUCAUGGCUGGUGUGCUCGGUAUCUAUGGGCUCAUCAUUGCUGUCAUCAUCAGUACUGGGAUCAACCCCAAGGCCAAGCCAUACUACCUCUUUGACGGCUAUGCCCACCUGUCGUCUGGCCUUGCCUGUGGUCUUGCUGGGCUUGCCGCCGGCAUGGCCAUUGGCAUUGUCGGUGAUGCUGGUGUCAGGGCUAACGCUCAGCAACCUAAGCUGUUUGUGGGCAUGAUCCUCAUCCUCAUUUUCGCUGAAGCGCUCGCCCUCUAUGGUCUCAUUGUCGGCAUCAUCCUCUCAUCCCGCGCUGGCCAGUCCCGUGCAGACUAGGUGCUUUCCAGAUCGCGAUACCAUGUCUGGCCCUGGCCGGGCCCUGUUUUAUAUUCAUGAGACAAGAAGCCGGAGCUCUUUAGAGGGUUAUUUUCAUUCUGUCUAGUUUUCGUUCUUCUGUUUGGGUCGAGACAAAAAAAAAAGAAGAAGAAAAAAAAACAUGUGCAGCCAAGGGAGGAUUUUCCCUUGAGGUGCCGAUGCCAUUCUUUCUCCGUCUUUGAUGGUGGUGGUGGGCUAUGGUCGAUGCUCAUUAUUUAUGCACAGUUUUUUGUUGGGAUAUGGUAUGGCUGGACGGCGUUGUAAUCGGGUGAAUAAGAAUAAGCAAGGACAUGCAAUGCGACGAGUGUCGAGGACACCUUUUGUUCAUCA